AGCCUGACUCUUUUCAUAAUCUUCCAGUGCAUCCCCUUUGGCAGAGUCCACUUACGAUUCCUGGAGGCACUCGGCAAUCUCCUAUCAAUAUCCAGUGGAGAGACAGUGUUUAUGACCCCUUUCUGAAGCCUCUGAAAAUAAGCUACGACCCAACGACGUGUCUUCACAUCUGGAACAAUGGGUAUUCGUUCCUGGUUGAGUUUGAUGAUUCUACUGAUAGAUCAAUAAUCGUUGGCGGUCCCUUGGAAAACCAAUACAGGCUGAAGCAGUUCCACUUCCACUGGGGAGCUAUAAACGAGUGGGGUUCAGAACACACAGUUGACAGUAAAUUUUACCCGGCAGAGCUGCAUUUAGUACACUGGAAUGCCGUUGUGUACCCAACUUUUGAAGAAGCUGUAAUGGAAGGUAACGGACUGGCUGUUAUUGGAGUGUUUUUAAAGCUCGGAGCACAUCAUGAGGGGCUGCAGCCGCUGGUGGAUGCCUUGCCAGCAGUUAAGCACAAGGACACCGUUAUUGAGUUCGAUGUCUUUGAUCCCUCCUGUUUGAUACCUUCAUGCCCUGAUUAUUGGACCUACGCGGGCUCUUUGACUACUCCCCCACUCACCGAGUCAGUCACAUGGAUCAUUAAGAAGAAGCCAAUAGAGAUAGAUGAGAAUCAGCUGGAGGCAUUUCGGAUGCUGCUCUUUACUUCAGAUGGUGAAGAAGAAAAGAGAAUGGUAGACAACUUUCGCCCUCUUCAGCCACUGAUGAACCGAACCGUCCGUUCAUCCUUCCAGAGCAGGCACCUCUUGGAUAUGGAUGUGCAGCCCCGGGACCAUGCCGAGCAGGUCAGGCCAUAGAUGGCCCAUGGAAUGUCAGUCCAGACUGCAGUACCUGGAUAUAACUGACAUUUCUCAAUGGUUUUUCCUUUCCUGCAGUGUGUGUAUGCCGUACAGCUUCACAGCCAGCCAGUUUCAGUUCUGCCAAGUGCCAUUGGAGCUUCAGCAGAGA